AAGGCUCGCCGUUUUCUCUCAAACUUAACUACAUCUUUUCACAAGCGUUGCUACUCCGUCAAGCUCGAGUCCCACCAUGACAGUCAAACAUAUAGUUUUGGCUAAGUUCAAACCUUCUCUCGACGCGGAAGCAAGACAGAAUGCAUUUGAGACAAGUAAAGGGUUCCUUGAAUCGAUCUCUCUAGUCAAAAGCUACACACUGGGCCCUCCAAUUGAAACGGCUGUUUCGCACACUCAUGGCUGGGAUUUCGCUAUGAUAGCAGAUUUCGAGGACUUGGAUGCAUUCAAUGCGUAUCUGGAGCACGAGCUGCACUUGGCUAUGGCGAAGGCCAUUGAGCCAGCCGCUGCAGACAUGCUUUCAUAUCAAAUAGACGUGUCCCCUUGUCUGUCAAAGUCAUAGAGUAUCCAUGAGGCGUCUAGGAAAGGAGAGUUGCGCUACGGGAUAUCUAGGUCGAUUCGAUAUUGAAGAAUGACGAGAAUAGAUAGUCGGCAUUCAAAUGCCUCUGAACGGUGUCGGACAUGCUGCAUGCUACUGCUUAACUUUUGGGUUGUUGGGGGCCCAUUACGAUCAAGUGCCACACUAUACAUAGCAAUUCCUGAGCGGCCGACAUUCGCUCC